UUUAUCAACACAUCAACAGACAUCUGCAGACAUACAACAACAUGAACCUGAAAUUUUCAGUACACAUCUCUUUAAUAGUUGGCAUUUCCUGUAAGUUACAGACAAGUACACCAAUGGCAAAUUAUAAUGUGCACUAACAUAGACAUCACACAGAAUUGAGCCCACACAUUUAGACUAAAGUCUCUACUGAAGACUGCAGUGAGAAACUGCAGUAGUAGGUUUUUGUUAAAAUACCAUUUUAACUCCUUUAAUAUGUUGUGGUACAUAAACCAUAAUCUUAAGGGUCCUAGCUUCGAAAUUUAAGUAAAUACACAGCUCAUUUCCCCCCACAGCGACAUCAAAAUGAUAAAUAUUUACACUGUUGAUAAUAGCUUAAUCCAGACAAUUCAGUUUAGUUGAGCUCCAUGGGAUAACUUUAUUAAAAGCUUGCUGUUUUACAUAUUUAGUUAGUAUAGUCUCUGCAGAUUUUAAGAUAACUCUGUGUUGCUGGUUAGUCUCCGCCCCUCCUCCUCCUCCGAGUGAGUGUGUAGUUGACUAAAAACUUGCAUGAUACGACUCGACUGAGUGAAUUUUGGCUGCAUAUCUACCACAGUCGAGCACUUCCAGCAUCGUUUAAGGUUUGUAUUUUUUUACCACGUAUGGCUAUUUCUGAGACGGGUGUGUUCGUUGUGUGUAGGGGGGGAAAUAAGUCUACUUUAUGGCCCAUGUAAAGGAGUCUGUUUGUCGUGGAUCCGACACUUCCCGCUAUUUUGUAGCUAAACUAGCGAUGCUAACCUAUGUGGCUGUUGUUGAUUCCUAGUCAGGCUUUUGCUGGGAAGAGGCCGCCCACCUCCAGCAUAAGAAAACACACACACUGGGGACGGCAUUUUGGACAACUUCCACGAACACUUGGUACCACAUACGACCGACCGAAGUACUUUCUCUGCGUCUGUAAAAAAGAGAAGUAGCAUUAGCUUUGUCUGCCUGCAGCCACCGUCCAAGCCACAAACACGCAGUAGGUUGGCUCUCUACAAACAAAAUGUCUAAAAGUGAGACAGAAGAGAUGAUAGAGAUCGAGAUAGACGAACGGGAGAAACAGACCUGCCUGGAGGAAGGUGUUGAGGAGCAAACCAUCACCGCGUCAGAUUUGAUUCAGCAAGACAUCGACAUCAGUGAGCCGAUUGGCAAUUUGAAGAAGCUUUUGGAGCCACGUAUUCAAAUCUCGCUGGACGCAUAUGAAAUCUGCUUGCAGGACAUUCAGCUCCACCCCGAUCACAGCCUUUUCGAUCAGGGAGUAAAGACAGACGGCACGGUGCAGCUCAGCCUGCAGAUCAUAACCAAACCAGGAGAGGAGAAGCUUAACAUUUUGGAAAUCGUGAAACCGGUGGAAACGGUAGAAGUGGUGAUAGAUCCAGAUGCGGCCGGGGAGGACGGCGCUCUGGUGGAGGAGGGACAGCUCAUCGCCGUGGAGCGAUCUGCCCUGUCGGACGAGACCUCGGAGCAGGUGACGCGCUGGGCCGCUGCACUCGAAGGCUAUCGCAAAGAGCAGGUCCGCCUGGGGAUACCGUAUGACCCCAUGCUCUGGACGGCUGACCAGGUGAUCCACUGGGCCGUGUGGGUAAUGAAGGAGUUCAACAUCGACGAGAUGGAAAUAGGCAGCAUUCACAUCCCGGGUCGCGACCUGUGCGGCUUCAACCAGGAGGAGUUCCUUCAGAAAGUUCCCAACGGGGAGAUCCUCUGGAGUCACCUGGAACUCCUGCGCAAAUACGUGCUGGCCAGUCAGGACCAGUCUGGAGGGGACGCCACUGUCACUAUUGAUCAGCCCGUGCAGAUAAUCCCGGCCCAAGUGAGCACGCCCACUGCUAUAAAGGUGUUCAAGCAGAACCGCGGCUCCAGGACGCCGCGCAUUUCAGGAGAAGAGCGGAGCUCACCUGGCAACCGCACAGGAAACAACGGUCAGAUCCAGCUGUGGCAGUUCUUGUUGGAGCUGCUGACGGACAAGGACGCAAGAGACUGCAUCUCCUGGGUGGGCGAGGAGGGGGAGUUCAAACUCAACCAGCCCGAGCUCGUGGCGCAGAAAUGGGGCCAGCGCAAGAACAAACCAACCAUGAACUACGAGAAGCUCAGCAGAGCCCUCAGGUAUUACUACGACGGGGACAUGAUCAGCAAGGUGCAAGGCAAGCGCUUCGUCUACAAGUUUGUGUGCGACCUGAGGACUCUGAUCGGCUACAGCGCGGCCGAGCUGAACAGCCUGGUGACCGAGUGCGAGCAGAAGAAACUGGCUCGCAUGCAGAUGCACGGCAUCGGGCAGCCCAUCACUACAGUGACCCUGGCCACCACCACACUAGACAAGGACAGUUGAAGGAGGCGGGCGUCAAACGGGCCCCGCCGCAGACAAAGUGCGAACUCUCCACUGCUGAUCGAUCGGAAAAUCAUGUGUCCGGAAGACGCAGAAAAUGCAAAGGGCGACCCCUGAUCACUGGGGAGUGUCAGCUUUGUUAAUGUCUUGCCUCACGCUAGACUGAGGCAGGUAAAGUUUUUUUUUUUUUUUUUUUUUUUUUUUUUUUAGCUUUCCUUUAGCCAAGAGAAGCGUGUUCAGGAUGAGGAGGGAAUGUUGUUUGUGAUUUACCGUGUGUCGUGUGCAUGUGACCGGAUGCUUGAAGGUGCGACUGAAAAAAAAUCCCAGCUCAGAGCUUUGUGUUGUGUUCCUCAUCAGUAGUUUAGGAUAAUUUCCACUGUAUAUACCGGUACUUCAUGUUUUUGAUAGCCACAAGGGCAAGUGUAUUUUCAUAUUUUCCAUUUAUAGAGGACCUGUUUUGUAUUUUAUUUAGUGUUUUUGUUCCCUGAACUGUUGGACCCUUUUAUGUCCACUAGGGGGGAAUAAAGUGGCAGGCGUUUUUCUUAA